UCAAAAUCGGUUUGUACUCCUCUUCCGGCGGUUCAUCGCCGCUCGCUUCACACUGCAUGUUGCGGGAUGAUGUGAGUGAGACUGUCGCUGUCGCAGCCCCGGUUCACCGGCAGCCACCGCUGUAAGCUCAUGCUCAGGAGCGGGCCUCCAUUUUAUUGGGGGGAUUCUGCGAUAUUUAACCGGUGGGCUUGCUGGCUGGUAUUAGGGAAUGAGUGAGGAGAAAAGCCCGGAGAGCUGCAGGAGAAACUCUGGGUGCACCAGUGUUCUCAGUAUAGAGCAAAUGCUGGCUGUGAAUCCUGGGAAGACGCCCAUCAGUCUGCUGCAGGAGUAUGGAACGCGGAUAGGCAAGACACCGGUGUAUGACCUGCUGAAGGCCGAAGGUCAGGCCCACCAGCCCAACUUCACCUUCCGCGUGUCUGUGGGAGAGAUCAGCUGCACAGGCCAGGGCCCGAGCAAGAAGGCUGCCAAGCACAAGGCCGCUGAAGCUGCUCUCAAGAUGCUGAAAGGAGGAAUGCUGGAAGCGUUAAAGGGCAGCGCGAUGGAGGGAGAAUACAUAGAUGACCUAGACAUCCCUUUGGAGGGAGACUGCCCCCAGGCAGAGAUAAAGUUAUCCAGUUCCAGCCAGCAAGCUGAAUGUAAUCCAGUUGGAGCUCUACAGGAACUGGUGGUGCAGAAAGGUUGGCGUUUACCAGAGUACACAGUCACGCAAGAGUCUGGGCCUGCACAUCGCAAAGAGUUCACCAUGACAUGCAAAGUAGAGAAAUUUGUCGAGAUUGGUAGCGGUACAUCGAAGAAGCUUGCCAAGAGGAACGCAGCAGCAAAGAUGCUCUCCCGGAUCCACGAUGUUCCUGUAGACCUGCGCAGCAGUCAUGAAGCUGAGGCAGAGGAGGACACUUUUAACAUGCACAUAAGUGGCAGGCUGGAGGGAGGGAAGAGUAAGGGGUUCGGAUGUACAUGGGAUUCUUUACGCAACUCUGCAGGAGAGAAGAUCCUGCAGCUGCGUAGUCACCCUCUGGGCCUGCCCAACACAAACUUCUGCUCUCUGCUCCAAGACCUCUCUGAAGAGCAGCGCUUCGACGUCAGCUAUUUAGACAUAGAGGAACGCAGUCUCAGUGGCGUGUACCAGUGUCUUGUGGAACUGUCCACUCAGCCUAUCACUGUGUGUCAUGGCUUUGCUCCCAGUCAGGAUGCAGCACGAGCCAAUGCAGCACACAAUGCCCUCCAGUACCUCAAGAUUAUGGCCGGUGGAAAGUGAGUCUGCGAGCGUCACCAAAAAAACGGAUUGCGAGUCUACAAAAUUAUAGCCCACAGUACUGUAAACUGCGGGCUCAUUGGAUGUUCAACAGCUUCAUGUUGGCCAUUCCUAACGCCCACAGACACCCAAAUUAUUCCCCAUGAGCUCUUAUGAAAGAUGAACUGAUGAAGUCUUUUGUAUGCAAAAAUGGUUAAGGACUGGUUUUAACUAAAGGUCUUGUUUUUCUACUACCUCCAUGUGAUGAAAUUGUUUUUAAGUUAUAUUGAUAUCUUCCCUUUAACUGACAUUUUAAACAAACACAUCCCUAAAUUAUUUCAAAAAUACAAAUGUUUUUAAAUCAACUUUUUAGACAGAGUGUCAGAAUUUUGAAACCAAAAGUAAUGUGUAAAUUUCUUCUCACUUCUGCUAAUUUCCAGAUUCGAAGUACAUUCUGGCUCUACCUCCAUAGUUGUGGUUAUUGGGUCCACAUUUUGGUAAUGCAUAUGUUUGUGAUGUGCAAGGUUAUUAAAAUAUUGUGCUUUUUUUUAAUCAAUUAAGUUCAUUGUGAGCUUAAGUUUUUAGUCCGUGUUGAACGAGAUGCAGUUAUGCAAUUCUGAGCAUGAACAUACUGAAAAUUAAUCAUAUUAUGAGACGUGCAUCAUUAAACUUAUAAUAGAAAUGUUUUAA